AUGGAUACAGCAGAGAAACUAAACACAACUCAAGUGGACGAUUCACAACUUGGACCUAAAUCUUCCAACUGCUGCUCAACAACAGGCACAAUAAAUGAUGAGAACUUUUUGAAGCUGGACGACAGCACAAAGCUGGUUGGAGUUCAAGUUGUUCUCAUCCUCGCUUACAGCACAAUCAUACUGUUUGGAGUCACUGGAAACUCCUUAGUGAUAUAUGUCGUCUACAAGUUUAAAAAUCUACGAACUGUAACCAAUUUCUUUAUUGUAAACUUAGCUGUGGCAGACUUGCUGGUGAACACGCUGUGCUUACCCUUCACCCUCGUCUACACUCUGUAUGGCGAGUGGAAGUUGGGUCAGGUGCUGUGUUUCAUGGUGCCCUGCGCUCAAGGCCUGGCAGUGCACGUAUCCACCAUCACCUUGAACGUCAUCGCCCUGGACCGCCACAGGAGCAUCGUCUACCACAUGGAGAGCAAGAUGUCCAAAGACAUGUGCACUGUGGUCAUUGUCAUCACGUGGGCCGUCAGCGCCUUGUUGGCCAGCCCGCUCGCCAUCUUCAGGGAGUACGGGACGUUUGAUCUUUCACCAGGCGAGUCUAUUCAGGUGUGUACAGAGAAGUGGCCGGAAAACAGCAUGAACGGAAGCAUCUACAGUAUAUCAGCACUUCUGGUACAGUACGGUUUACCUCUGGUCAUCAACUCUGUUGCUUACAUCAGAAUCUGGAAUAAGCUGAAGAAUCACAUGAGUCAUGGAGGUCGAAAUGACCGCCAUCAGCGCAGGAAGAAGACCACUAAGAUGCUGCUGACCAUGGUGGUGGUCUUCGCUGUCAGUUGGUUGCCUUUGCAUGCAUUUCAGUUGGCGGUUGACAUUGACAGCACUGUGUUGUAUAUGAAGGACUUUAAGCUGCUUUUCACUGUGUUCCACAUUGUGGCUAUGUGCUCGACGUUUGUCAAUCCCAUCCUGUAUGGGUGGAUGAACAACAACUACAGGAUAGCCUUCAUGUCUGUGUGUAAGUGUUACAUGCCCUUCAGUUUAUGUUCUAAAGGCAGAGAGACACAAAAAGAUGAAGACAGGGUUUGUACUGAAUGCAAAUCAACACAUGUCUAA